AGUUCGUGACGGCCAACGGAGCCGUAUUAAUAUUUUGUUAUAACAUAAAAAUAAUAAGUACUAAUUUUUUUUUUUUUUUUUUUUUUUUUUUAAAUCAAAUUAUUUUUAAAAAUUCUAAUUAAAAAAAAAAAACUUGUGGACAAGUGGGUCUAUUUAGAUUUAUAAUUAUCUAUGCGUAUAUAUAUAUAUAUCUAUUUAUAUAUAUAUGUAUGAAGAAGUGAAGUAAAGAGAUAAAGAGUAAAAAGAGGUGAGAGGACGAAGGAUUCAAGUCUUAACAACGGGGUCACUACCCUUCGUCUGGUGGCAAGGUCAACUGCAAGAUCGUUCAUCUUACUAUCGUUUUAAAACUUGAAAAUUUAUAUAUAUAUUUAUAUAUAAAAAAGAAAAAUUUAUAUUAUUUUUUAAGUCGUAUAGUAGGCGAUGAUUUCCUGAUUUUUAUACAUCGCAGUUUGAAAAUAUAUAUUUAAAAAGAUGAAUAAAAUCGUUGUGUGGAUACCACUUGUGGCGUGUAUUUUGUUUUUUAAAUGGACACACGCCCUUCCGGUUCCUGAGGACCAGGAUGAGUCACAAGAGCUCCUCGGUUCCAGGGCCGUAACAUCCGUGUCUGUGAUGAGUAAUAAAAAAGAUCGUAAAGCCAUUGCACCCGUUUCAAGGUUACCAACAUCACCGGUAGACCUUCUACGACCUGAUAAAAUAUCAUUCUAUACACUCGACAGCAAUGGUCAAGUAGUAUUGCGCCGAAUGACUGAGAAAGAGAUUCAAAGUCUGAUUGCCGCUGGAGGCGGUCAAUUGCCCGUGGCUAUUUCAGAGCCACAAAAAAUAACUGAAUCAACUGGAAUGAAGGUUUCAGAUGUCGUCCAAAAUGUUCAAAAAGUAUUGGAAGGUGAAUUAAACAAACCGCCUCAAACAAUGACAGCCAUGCCAACGAUUCCCGGUCAUGCUAAUUCGGAAUGGAGUAGUAUUUUACCAGCGAUUCUGGCUGGAGAUUCAGAUAAUGCUGAAACUAGUCCAAUUGAAACCUUUGACCAAGAGUCUUAUGCUCCUGAUGAAAAACCAAUGAUACAAGUUCCGGUUAUUACGAUCGAAGAGCCAAGUCAGUACGAGAAACCGGAAGACGACAAUCCAGUUUUUCAAAUAGUCAAUACUAUACCUCCGGAAAAAGCCAAUGCUUCAAUUAAUGAUCAAGAUCAGAGCAUUGGAGCUUUAGAUCCAAAACCUUUUGCCUCAAAUGACAUUCCUGUAGAAUCAAAAACACCUGAUGCGAUCGAGAAACCAGAUCAGAAGAAUGAUACUCUGAGUAUUGUUUCAGAAACACAUUCGACUUCAGUUAAAAUUUCUGGCCAAGAUGAAAUUAAAAUACAUGAAGAGACUCCAGUCAAACAGGUUCAAGUUGUUCCAACUUUAGACCAACAAGUUGAAGUCAAGACUGAAUCAUCCACUUCAGCUGAAUCAAGUUCAACGUCAGUGCCUUCAUCAACUACAACCACAACUACGGAAUCUACAUUGGAAGUGACAACUGAAAACUCAGGAAAUCUGAUCGAGUCUUCUUCUUCGGCGAAACCCGCUGAAGCUAUUACGGAAAUCGUGACAACUGAAGCCGAGACGAAACCGACGAAUACUUUCAGUGACAUGCCGCCGACGGCAGCAACUUCUAUCAGUGAGGAAUUGCCGCAAAAAACUCAGUCAGAAGCUUUGCCGACUGAAUUAACUGAUUCUAUUACGAGCAUGAUAUCUCAGGUUUCCGAUGCAAUUCCUUCGAUAAUGACCAUGGGUGAAAAGUCUAAGACACCUGAGACUGAAGGAUCUGGAAGUGGUAUAAUUGAUGCUGAGAGUACUUUAGAAUCUACUAGUCCAGUGACGAUAAGUACUACGACGGAAGUUUUGGCAAAUGAAGAAGAAAUAAAAGAAAGUGUAACAGAAAAGUUAGAAAUAACUACGACUGAGGUAAUAAAAACUGAAGCUCCAGUAUCAAAAACUGAAGCUUCUAUAUCAAUAACUGAAGCCUCAAUGUCAAUGACUGAAGCACCAGUAUCCGAAAUAGCAGAUUCAGGAUUGAAAAUUGAAACUUCUGUUUCAAAAACGGAAGCUUCUAUUCCAGAAGAUGAAAUUUUGACACCGAAACCUGAAGUUUCUAUAAAAAUUGAAGCUACAACAAUUAACCAAUUGAAUGGUUCUGCAAAUCCAGAAGUAAAAACAUCAUCAACUUCAAAAACAUCAUCAACUUCAAAACCAGAAACAACGAAUUCCACUUUACUAGAUUCGCCUGGAACAUUACCGGCCAAUUUAUUAAAUAAACCGAGCGAAGUAGAAUCCAAAGAAGACCCAGUACCUGAAUCAUCAACCGAAAGAGACUUAGCCAUCACUGAAAAACCAAUCGUGCGUAUAAAUAUCACCGAAAUAAAAGAAGAAAUAAAACUAAGCCCAUUGAAUGCCACAAAUGUAACAGAAUCAAAUAUGGUGAGAAUAAAACUUACUGAUCCAGUGAACAAAAUACAUCAGACACUAGAAUCAUCACCUGUGCAAACCAGCAGUCCGGAGAUUGAGUCUUUAAGUCUACCAACUACUGAAAUGGCUGCUAAUGGUAUCGGUAGUGGACUGAUCGCUGGCUUUAACACGGAACAGCCUCAAGUCAGUGAGACUAGCACAGAGUCUAGUACUGAAUUGACCAUGCAGAUGAUCCAAUUUGAUCAACUACCGAUUGUCAGUGUGAUUCAUUUCGAGAACUCAACUGAUAAAUCUAUUGAAGCCUCUACAGUUUCUUCGACUAGUUUAGCUUCCGUGGAGCCUGAAAUUGGAGUCACGGGCGCAUCAGUAUUGAAUAGGACACAGGAGAUCGAAAUCAAAGAUGUAGUCAAUAAAACAACUGGUGCUGAAUCAGUUGAAAAGACACCUGCUGAUACUCAAAUGGAGACAAAUCAGUCGACCAAUGCAACAGAAUCAAAAAUACAUGACUUACAAAUUCGUAAAGAUCAGAAAAAAGAAACUAGUUUAGAAAAAACAUCAGUAACGAAUCAAAUUACAGAAAAUACUGAUCCAGUAAAUGAACCAGCUGAAAAAUGGACUCUUAUUCCUCAGCCUACUUCAAAAUUACCGGAAAAAAUUCCAGAAAUUUCUAAGCCUUCGAAAACACCUGAAAUUUCUAAGCCUACAAAAACACCCGAAAUUUCUAAACCUUCGAAAACACCCGAAAUUUCUAAACCUUCGAAAACACCCGAAAUUUCUAAGCCUUCGAAAACGCCCGAAAUUUCUAAACCUUCAAAAACAUCCGCAACUUCUGGAUCUAGUCCAAUGCAAUCAAAUAAUAUUCCCGUAGCAGGAAAAAUAGAAACUCCAUUGCCUCCAAGAUCACCAGAUCCACCUUCUCAACACAUUUCUCUGGAUCAUUCAAAAACAACACCAGGCUUAGACUCAAGUGUCCAAAAUCUUGAACCAGAUGUUCAAUACUUUUCCAAUCUAUGCAAUGAUUUGGCAUUCAAUUUCUGGUCAGCAGUAAAUGAGGGUCUGAGUAAAUCAAGAUCAUUAGCAGUUUCGCCAUUCGGAAUGACCAGCAUGCUUGCAAUGAUUUUCUUGGGAGCACGUGGUCCCACAUCAAAUCAAAUGAAUGACGUGUUAAAACUCGAUGACAUAACGACUUUUAAUCCUCAUUUAAUUUUCCAGAAUGUAACGGAUUCAGUGGCUUCCCGUCGUAAUAACGGACUCGGUGGUGUUGCAAAUGCCGUUUUUGUAAGAGAAUUAUUUGCAGAUAAAAUAAAGGUCAAUAAAUUGAUGCCGUUCUACAAAGAACAGGCACAGAAGUUUUAUGAUGGAAUUGUUGCUGAGGUCAACUUCUCAUUUGUUAGUAAUGCGGUGAGACGACGAACGAAUUUGUUAGUUAGAAAACAAACAGGUGGAAGAAUUAGAGAAUUUGUUAAGGACAACAAUUUGUUGCCAUUGAGAUCACCACUGGCUGCAGUUUCGGCAAAUGUUUUUCAAACUGACUGCAGUUCUAGCAACGCUACCUCUGAAGGACGUGACGGAGAACUUUAUUUCGCAGUAGCUCCGACAGUUAAAUUGAGAAAAUUAGUCCCAGUUCCAGCCACACUCUGGAAAGCUGGAGUUCUUGCUGGUUAUGAAACCAGUUUGGAUGCUACUGCAAUUGCACUUGGAGGUCUUGACAAAAUGGUGUCUGUUAUUUUUGUCAUUCCCGGUUCAACUGGUGGCAGUGCCUCUGGAGAUAAUCUUGACAAACUUGAGGCCCGAAUUGUAAAUGGAGCUUUGCAUGACGGCGCUUGGAAUAAAUUACUCAAAGUAAUUAUUCCCCGACCGGGAUUGGAAUUACAGGUUCCGAAGUUCAGUCACAGGAGUAUAAUCAACGCGACAGCUGCUCUCAAGACGAUGGGGAUAGAGGAAAUAUUUGAAAAACACGCGAAUUUGAGGGGAAUCAAUGAUGUAGGAAAGGAUUUACAUCUUGCUGAUGUUUUCCAGAUGAACUUGUUCAGUACAUGUGGUGACGAAAAUUUCUUAGCCGGUAAACAUCAUGAAGAAGUUUAUCCAGCGAGUCCACAAAGAAAUGCACGAUCAGAAGAGGAUAAUAAUGAACGUGCGACUACAGAAGAACAUGAAAAGACAUACAGUCAUUACGAAAGUGAAGCUGAAAGGAUAGCACGUUUUACACGUCAAGUUGAUAAUGAAAAACCGAGAUUAAAAUUAGACAGGCCAUUUUUAUAUUUCGUAAGACACAAUCCCACUGGACUAAUACUCUACAUGGGUCGUUUUAAUCCACGACUUAUAUCAUAAUAUAUAUAAUUUGAUAUUUAAAAAAAUUAUUUAUUCCAUUAUAAAUGAAUUUUGCUCAUUUAUUUAAAAAAAAAAAAAUAUU